AAAAAGCACAAAUUCUAGAACAACAAUCAAAUUGAUAACCACAAUCAAAUUAAUUAAUGGCAAAAAAAAUCAUUUGUAAACACCAAUUUGUGCCUUUCACAAUAAAAUUCUAAUUUAUUUAUUGGAAAAAAAAUUUUAAAAUUUUUUUGAAUUGAUUGAAUCAUCCUUUUUGGAAAAAAUUCAAAAGACUAAUUUAAUAGUUGGAUCGAAAUAGUUUUGGAUCGAAUCUAUUGAUUAAAAAUAUACGCGUUGUUUUUUUAUCAUUCUUUUUUCCGGUUUUUUUCCCUGUCAAACACAUGGCUAACUAUUAUUUCGAAACAGAUCAAAUGAAAUAAAAAAUGGCAAAUUCCAAACAAAUUCGUCGUGAUCAUUUUAAUCAAGAAUUACAAAAUUUAUUGGAACAAAAAACUAAAAGUAAUUUAUUCACUAAAGAACAUCAUGAUGAAUUGAUUCGUGAAUACAUCGAUGCGAAUAGAAAACUGGCUACAACACGAAGUCCACAGGAAAUUCGUUUGUUGAAUAAAUUUGAUCUACUACGUUUGGAAGGUACCAAACGUUUGGUUAAACGUGGUAGCAAAUUUUUUGGUACCAGAUUUUUUGUUCAUUCAGGUGAAUUAUUUCGAAUAUUCGAAAAAGCUCAUCAUGAAUUGAAUCAUGCUAGCGCCAAGAAAAUGUUUGAUUAUCUUCGAUCUACAUACAUGAACAUUACGAUGGAAUCUAUUACACUCUAUAUUCAAACUUGUGAAUUUUGUCAAACGAAAAAGAGUCUAAAGGGAUUUGAUUCACGACAAUUCUCUAAAUGGUUGAUUGGUUUUGUCGACAUGUCCAAUUCUAGUGAUGGUGAUUAUCGAUACAUUUUAAAAUAUCAAGAUGUUUGUACGAAAUUUUGUAUUUUUAAACCACUGAAAGGAAACGAUGUCGAACAAGUUGCGGAAAAUCUUCGAGAAAUAUUCGGAUGGUUAGGUGCUCCUCAAAUUCUUGGCUAUGAAGGUGAUCGUGAAUUCGUUGAAAACGUAAAAGAAAAAUUGAAAGAAUUUUAUAAUGAUCUCAAAAUAAUCACUGGUAAAGAAGAAGAAUCUUGCCAAAAUUCUGAAUGGAAAAAUGAACUCAAAAAAUUGCUGACCACAUUGUGUAAGAAUCGAAAAACCGAUUCCUGGGCCAAAGUAAUACCGGAAUUACAAUUCAUGUUGAACACUAUUGAAGAUCAUGAUCAAUGUACACCAUACGAACGUUUCUUUGGACGUAAACCGAAUUUCGGUUUGAAUAUUGCUUUACCGAAAAAUUUCAAAACAGAAGAUUUAAUUGAAGAAAAAUUGGAACAAUUUUGUCGUCAAUAUUUGAAUACAAAUUCAAAUUCUAGUAAAAAACCAUCAACAUCAUUCAAUGAUUCUGCCAUAUUAUCCGAUGAUUCGGAUGCUCAUGUUGGCAAUAGUGAUUCAGACACUGAUGAAAGUGAAGAAACAUUUCCAAAUCUACAUCGUUCAAUGUCUGUGGUGGUUUGUCAUUGUAAAACUGGUUGUACAACCAAAAGAUGUUCAUGUUUGGCUGCCAAUUCAAAAUGUAGUAGUUUUUGUCAUAGACAAGAAAAAUAUUGUGAAAAUAGAACAAUAAUAGAUGAUGAUGAAUAGAUGGAAUUAUGAAUUUUGCAAUC